CAACAACAACAACAAUCAUCAUCAUCAUCAUUAUUAUUAUCAAUAAAAUUUUGUCAAAAUUUUCUCAUCAAAAUGGCCAUUGCUGCAUUCUUAUUUAUUGUAUUGGCAGUAAUAUUUCAAAGUUUUUUUAUACUGACAUUUAAAUGUGAAGAUAGCAGUAAACAUACUAAUCAUCCGAACAAUGUAUCAAUACAAUCAAUUAAUGGUAAUGUAUCCGGAAAGCAACCACCACCAUCAACAACAUAUUAUUGUGAUCCAAACAGAUCAAUCACAAUCAACAAUAAUUAUGGACAACAAUCAUCAAUGAUUGAUAAUUCAUCAUCAUCAUCAUCAUCGUCUUUGUAUUCGAAUGAUGAACAAUUAUUAUCGAAAUCUAAUCAUUAUCAAGAUACUGAUAAUGAACAAUUUCCAUGGCAAGAUGUACGUCUACCUCGAUUUAUACAGCCAAUACAUUAUGAUAUUUAUAUGCAACCAGAUAUUGAUUCGUUGAUCAAUGAAGGAAAUGUUUCCAUACAAAUAAAAGUGAUGGAAUGGACAGAAUUUUUGAUUAUUCAUGUAAAAAAAUUAAACAUUACAAACAUAUCAUUAUCAUUAUUAUCAACACAAGUAUUGAAUAAUCAAUCAGAAAUGAUCAAUAUACGUAAAUAUAGUGAAUGUAUAAAAUUAGAACAAUUAUACAUUGAAUUUGAUCAACAAUUACGACCAGAUCAUGAAUAUCGGUUAUCGAUUGGAUUCUGGAAAAAAAUUGAAGAUCAAUUAGAAGGUUUCUAUGUUAGUAGUUAUUAUAAUCAAAAACUACAACAAAAACGACAUCUAUUGACCACACAUUUUGAACCAACAUUAGCACGUUCAGCGUUUCCUUGUUUCGAUGAACCAGCCAUGAAAGCAUCAUUUCAAUUACAAAUGAUACAUGAUGAACAAUAUAAUGCCUAUUUUAAUACGGAAAAAAUAAAUGAAAAACGUCUGAUCAUUGAUAAUGAUGAUGGAAAUGGAAAAAAAUCCGUGAAAAUCAUAUCGAUGUUUGAACCAACAGUACCGAUGUCAACAUAUGUAAUUGCAUUUGUUGUUUGUGAUUUUUCCUACGUACCUGGUGAGACAAUAAAUGGCAUAAAAACCGGUGCACUGGUACCGAUUGGUCAGGAACAGAAUGCAAUGUUUGCAUUGAAUGCAACGAAAUUCAUAUUGGACUAUUUCGAAGGAUUCUUUAAGAUUCCAUAUCCAUUGAAAAAAUUAGAUCUUGUGGCCGUACCGGAUUUUGGUGCCGGUGCCAUGGAAAAUUGGGGCCUGAUCACUUUUCGUAUGACAACAUUAUUGUAUAAUGAACGUGAAUCUAGUAGCGAAGUAAAAGAACAGGUAGCGAUUGUUGUUUCACAUGAAAUUGCUCAUCAAUGGUUUGGCAAUCUGGUCACAAUGAAUUGGUGGAAUGAUCUAUGGCUAAAUGAAGGUUUUGCAUCGUUUGUUGAAAAUCUGGGUGUUGAUUUCAUACAUCCAGAAUGGCGAAUGUUGGAUCAAUUUGUCAUAUCAACAUCACAGCAUGCAUUGGCAUUGGAUUCAUUGUUUAGUUCACAUCCAAUCAAUACAACAGUUGCAAAUCCAGCUGAUAUUGAAGGAAUGUUUGAUUUGAUUUCCUAUAAAAAGGGAUCAUGUUUAAUACGUAUGAUUGUAGAUUUUCUUGGUUUGGAAAAUUUACAACGUGGUUUAGAAAAUUAUCUGAAUCGAUAUAAAUUUGAAACGGCACGCACUAGUCAACUAUGGGAAUGUUUUUCCCGUGUUUCGGCCACAUUACCAGUGAAUGUAUCAGCCAUAAUGGAUACAUGGAUUUUCCAACAAGGAUAUCCGGUUAUUAUGGUUGAAUGGAAUUCAAAUGGUACGGAAAUUAUAGUCAAACAACAACGUUUUAUAUCAUCACUUAGUCCGGAUGAAUUUCAACAACAAUUAAAUGAUAAUAAAUCCACAAUGUUUGUGAAUCAAACAUGGAUCGUUCCAUUAACAUUGAUUACGCCGAAAAUCGAUCAAAACAACCACAAUAAUCAAGUAUAUUGGCUUAAUUCCAGUGAACAACGAAUCCAAUUGGAUCGGAUGAAAAAUCCAUGGUUUAAAUUAAAUCGUAAACAAAGUGGUUUUUAUCGUGUUAAUUAUGAACAAUCAAUUUGGCAACAAUUAAUUCGAUUGCUUCAUCAACAACAGCAAACAUCGAACGGUAGACUUUCACCAUCAGAUCGUGCUGGAUUAAUUGAUGAUGCAUUGUCAUUGAUGCGUAAUGGUUAUCUAGAUGUUGCAAUCGCAAUGAAUCUGACAAGAUAUCUAGAAAAUAAUGAACAAGAUUAUGUACCAUGGGAAACAUUAUUAACACAUUUCGGAACAUUCGACGGGAUAAUGCCGCAAAAUCCACUGUUACAUCGUUAUAUAUUACGUCUUAUAUUGCCAAUGGUAGAAAAACUUGAUUGGAAUGAAAGACCCGAGGAUGGUAUGUUUGAGAAAAAACUUCGUGCCAUACUAUUACGUGCGGCUGUUUAUUAUGGUCAUCGAUCAUCCAUCGAUAAAGCGUCAUAUUAUUUUCGUCGUUGGAUGAACGAUGCUGUUCCGGUUCCAGCGAAUAUACGAGAUAUUGUAUAUAGUGCCGGUAUUGAAUACGGUACUGAUCGUGAAUGGGAUUAUUGUUGGCAUAAAUAUAUCAAUACAACUGUUGCAUCGGAAAAACGAUUAUUACUAGGUGUGAUUGGUUCUACACGUAAUUAUUAUCUACUGUCCAAAUAUCUGGAAUCAUCAUUGGAUCGUACGAAAAUCCGUACACAAGAUAUAUAUUUUGUCAUACAAAAUGUUGCUCGCAAUCCAAUUGGACGUGAUAUGGCAUGGAAAUUUGUUCGGUCAAAUUGGCAACAAAUUUUCGACAUUUUUGGUAUGGGUUCAUUUGCAUUGGAUACAAUUAUAUCGGAAACAACGUGGCAUUUUUCCACACAAUUUGAUUAUGAUCAAGUGGAUCAAUAUUUUCAACAUGUACCGCUUGGAUCCGGUAAAUCGGCAGUGAAACAAAGUUUAGAAAAGAUACAUUCGAAUAUAUUUUGGAAAAAAUUUAUUGAACCAAAAUUGAUUGAUUGGUUACAGCGACAACAACAACAACAACAAGAAAAAUGACCAUUUUCCAUAAAUGAUGAUGUUCAUGUCACCAUGUUCAUUGUACAAAAUUGCUGUUAAUAAUAUUAUCAACCGAAAAAAAAUUGUGUUAUUGAAUGGAA